UUCAAUUCAAGAAUAAAUGUAAUUAUCAAGUAUGUUUUAUCAAAUUUAAUAAAGCAAUCAAAUAUAGCAGGAACUUCCCAUUUAUAUUUUCUCCCUGUUAAUUAAAUAGAUGAACUCUGAACAAUCCAAAGGCGCGUUUGUCCACAUGAAUCCAUUCACGUCCAGAGCUGAUGAAUUCUGUCAUGACAUCUUUAAACAAAGACACACGACUGAGAGAGAAAGAGUGAGUGAGAGAGAGAGAGAGACGCUGUUGCACACUUGCGCACUGCGCGUAAAGGACACACACGUACCCAAACCCUCGCCGCGACUUGUUUCGCUCCUAGCAAAGGAAGAAACUUUUGUUUUGUCAAUGAAGUGGACUUUUAUACGCGUACUUCCCUCCGUUUCAACACCUACGGCUCGUCUUUGUACAGCGGUGACGGUAGAAUAUGUGUAAGGAGAGGCGGGCGUUCCUGGUGAAGUCUCCCACUGUUUUCUGCAGAUAAACAGAUUUUCUUUGGUGAUCUGUAACAUGGAGCUGAGUGAAACGGGGAAUUAUAAAAGAGGAGCAGAUUUAUGUGAAGACCCCACCAGACUGCGCUGAUCAUCUCGUGUGCCAUGAACAGAAGAUCAACUGCGCUUUGGAGUUCAAACUGGACUUUAUCUGAAGCACUUGCACAACUACGGGGAAGAAAGCGAAUGCGCUCGAUUUAAUCUCUCUACUUGCGUUUAAGGUCGAGUGUCCGCGAGUUUUUCUCUUUUUUUUCGUUUAGUAGUACGACUUUCACGCUUUGUGUUAUUUUAAGAGCGCAAAUCUACUAUUAUGACAGGCUUUGGCUCGUGGAGCUUCUUCUAUCCAGAUGGAUCUAGCGCAGGUCUGCGUUCCUCCGUAAAGCGGCUCUCAAGGUGGCUCUGAUGCACGAAGGAUCCUCCAAACUCUCACAAUGGCUCGAUCAAACACGGAAUAUGGUCACAUCUCCUGGCCUGAGCCCAUCUGAUCUCGUUCGUCACUGAUCUGGCAGGUUUAGCGCGAUGAUCAUGGUCUCCUCCGGCUGCGCUCUGAUGGUUCUGAUGGUCACUCAGGUGUUCUUUGGAGGCUCCAGUGGACUCGUACCCCAGAUCGGCCGCUCCUCUCUGUCUCAGGAUGUCCUACACGCGUUUGAACUUCGACUUCUGAGCAUGUUUGGACUCAAACACAGACCGAGUCCCAGCAGGUCUGCGGUGGUUCCGCAAUACAUGAUGGACUUGUUCUCGAUGCACUCGGUGAACGCGGAGCAGAACAACAGCAACAGACCCAAGGGCUCCUUAGGGAAAGGCUCGGAAAGAUCUGCCAGCCGCGCGAAUACGAUCAGGAGCUUCCACCAUGAUGAAUCCAUGGAGGACCUGUCCAGUUCGAGCGGAAAGACGACUCAGCGUUUCCUCUUCAACUUGACCUCCAUCCCGGGCGAGGAGUACGUGACGUCAGCGGAGCUGCGGAUUUUCCGAGAGCAGGUCGUGAGCAAUGGCAGUGAGGGAUUUCACCGCAUUAACAUUCACGAGAUCAUUAAACCGUCCGGUUCCUUUCAAGAACCCAUCACGAGACUCCUGGACACUAGACUGGUUCAGCACAGCUUGAGCAAGUGGGAGAGUUUCGAUGUGAGCCCCGCCGUCACGAGGUGGACCGCAGAUGGGCAUCCCAACCACGGCUUCGUGGUGGAAAUAGUUCACCCAGACCGCGUAGAACAGGACUCCAAAAGACACGUCCGCAUCAGCAGGUCCCUGCAUGAAAGAGAGGACACAUGGCCCCAAAUGAGGCCCCUGUUGGUGACCUACAGCCACGACGGGAAGGGAAACGUGCUGCACUCUCGCGAGAAGAGACAAGUGCGGACAAACAAACAGCGGAAGAAGCACAAAGCCAACUGCAGGAGACAUUCCCUCUAUGUGGACUUCAGCGACGUGGGGUGGAACGACUGGAUAGUCGCCCCGCCGGGCUACCAUGCCUUUUACUGCCAGGGCGAGUGUCCGUUUCCACUGGCAGACCACCUGAACUCCACCAACCACGCUAUUGUUCAGACACUGGUGAACUCGGUGAAUAGCAACAUUCCCCGGGCCUGCUGCGUUCCCACGGACCUGAGCCCGGUUUCGCUGCUCUAUCUGGAUGAAUACGAGCGGGUGAUCUUAAAAAACUACCAGGACAUGGUCGUGGAGGGCUGCGGAUGCCGCUGAUGCCUGGACGUCUACAGACACUUUAUUUUUCCCAAUACAAACUUUAUUUAUAAUAAAGUAAAACACAUAUUUUGGAGAAGUAUAUAAAGAUAUAUUUAUGUUCACUAUUGGGAAAAUAAAUAUUUUAAUCCGAGUCAAACAAACUUUUUCUGAUGUACGUUUCGAUCCGCGUAUGAAGUAUUUUGUAUUUAUUUCUACCGCAAUCAUUUUUAUUGAAUAUUUGGUGUAAUAGUUGGUGACACUUUACAAUCCCAUUAGAUAACAUUAGUUGAUGCAUUAACUAACAAUGCAAAGCAAUACAUUUGUGCACCAUUUUUAUUUUAAUAUGUAUUAAUACAUGUUGAAACUAAAAAAAAACAAAGAUCAAUAAAAGUUUAUUUUUAUUGUUAGUUCAUGUUAACCAAUGUUAACAAAUGGAAACUUAUUGUAAAGUGUUGCCAUAUUUUUUAUGCAUAAUCAAGGAAGAAAAUAGCUUCUUCAUGCAAAAAAGUUGCAAUGCAAAAUGCAAUAGCUACUUACCUUUGGUGGAAAUGCAUUUAAUGCAGUAAUGCAUUAAAAUGCAUUAAAAUAUAUCGCAAAGCACUUACCAUUGGAAAUGCAUUGGCCAAAUCUGACCGAAUUCAAUCAAACGUUCAAAACAAAAAAGCAUGCCGAGCUGGAGUUUGCAAUGUAGACGGAGCCAGUGUUUUAGAGAUGUGGCAGUAAAUGUGAACGCACUUAUUUCAAACCAAUGUGACAGGUAGUUGACACUGAAUGCUCAGGAAAUUAGCCGGUGUGAGUUGAGUCCCACAGUAUGAGCUCUUGAAAUCGACCUAUUGCCUGGAGACAAUGACUAUUGUGUUUCUUCACACAGGUCCUUAUGCAUUGGUUGCGUAAAGGUGGAUUCCUCCAGCUUUAUAUUGAAGCCUCGCUAAUUAAGAGCCAUUCACUACAUGGGACUCUAAAGUCAAGAGAUAGGAAGUGUUUAAUUAGAGGGACGUUGUUUCAAACAUGAGGAUUGCCAUGUAAUUAAGUUGCUCAAAAUAAAGAGUACAGAAUGCAAAACG